AUGUUGCAACGUUUGGCUCUAGUGCCUCUCCUGACGAUCCUUUUACUGCACUUCGUCAGGCGGGUGCAACCCGCAGAGACAGUGCUUAAGACAGCACUCACGGAUCAACCCUUCAAUCAAUUCCAGGAGGUCAACAAGCCCUGCCAGGACGGCUGCUUGGAACAUGGCAACUGCAAUAGGGAGCUUGGGGAAUGCGAAUGCCCGUUUGGUUUGUCAGGUCCCACCUGUCAAACGCAGCUCUACCCCGCCUGCCGCACUACUCCCACCACCCAGCGGAUCUUCCUGGGCCGCAUGGCGCCGCGCAACUGCUACUGCUAUAGAGAGGUCAUGAAAGCCAUGUGCCUCCCGGAGGAGGAGACGCGGUGCGCCACCCACACCAUGCAGCUGUGGGACGCACUUUUCUGCUUCGAAAAAGUUGGGGUUCCGGAGGACCAACAGAUUUCGGAACUUCCGGAAAAAAUGGACGAUCCGUCGUACCGCUGGGGUAAGGGUACGACAGUAAGGGAAGUGGUGGACGGGGUCCCUAAGCUGCGGCGGGAGAUACAGAUGCUGAGCCAGCCGCCGUCGGUGGAGGACACCUCCAGAACCGUCCCGCUGUCCAGAUGUGAACGGAGAUGUUCUGAGCGGGGUGUGUGUCAGGACUGGGGGCAGCAAACCAUAUGCCUCUGCUUCGCGGGGUUUCGGCGCCCGGACUGCUCCCAGCUGGUGGAAGAAGGGGCGGAGCCUGCUUGCCCCAACGGCUGCGGAGGCAGGGGCAAGUGUGUGGCGGGCUUCUGCAAGUGCGAGCCGCCGUACUGGGGGAUAGGCUGCUCGCGCAGUACGGCGUAUGAACCUGUACCAGGAAGCGUCGCCUACCCCUACUUCCCGUCCCUAAAGAUUUACAUGUACGACAUCCCGCCCAAUAUUGUGGGACCGCACCAGUUCGAGGACGGCAAUGGCGGCAUCCACCCGCAGUACGAGUCCUUCCUGCGCUUCCAGGGGCUCUUCCUGAACGACGUGAGCGGCAUCCGCACGGAGAACCCCCACGAGGCGAACCUCUUCUACAUCCCCGCAUUCACUUACUACUCGUCGUCCAACCUAGGCGACCCCACGGGUGCAGCUGUCCGCGCGGUGAACUGGGUGGCCGCCACCUUCCCCUUUUUCAACCGCACGGGGGGAAGGGAUCACUUCGUGUUGCUGUCGGGCGACCGGGGGGCCUGCUACCUGAAGACACUCCCGCAGACGGAGAACCUCAUCAGGGUGACGCACUUCGGAUACGAGCGGCCCAACAUAACGGACAUGGGCCCCCUGGUGACCAAUACCGAGUACGGCUGCUUCAAGGCCGGGCGGGAUGUGGUGAUGCCACCGUACGUCAAGAGCAACGUGGCGGGGAUCCAGGGGGUCCGCGCGAAACUGGAGGAGCCGGGGGGCGCUGAGGCGCUGCUUGCCGGCAAGGAUACGCUGCUGUUCUUCAGCGGGGACAUUCGGCACAAUGAGCCCGAGUACAGCGGCGGUGUGCGUCAGGCGCUGGCUCUGCUGCUGGCCAACACCAGCUACCCGGAUGUGGUGUUCAAAGGGGGCUACAUGAUGAUGGGCAUGGGCGAAUACGAAAGCCUGUUAAGGCGCAGCAAGUUCUGCCUGGCACCGUACGGCCACGGCUGGGGCAUUCGGCUCAUCCACGCCAUAACGCACGCGUGCAUCCCCGUCAUCAUCCAGGACAAGGUUCGGCAGCCUUUUGAGGACAUCCUUCAUUACCCCGACUUCUCUGUCCGAGUGUCCAAGGCCGAGCUGCCGCGCCUGGUGGAGAUACUGCGGGCGGUGCCUGAACCAGAUUUGCUGCGCAUGAUCAAGGAAAACUCACGGGUUUACCGUGCCUUCCUCUGGCAGCCCGAGCUAGGCGGCCUGGCCUACAACAUCACCAUCGCCAGCCUCCGCCGGCGGUUGAGCCAUGUGCGGGGGGACUUGUACGAGGCAGGGGUGCGGCGGUCAUGA